AUGGAAGUCAGAGACGCCCAACACUCUCUCACCACCAGCAGAGAUGGGCUCGAGGAAGCAGAAGAUCCACUACAAUACGACGAAAUAGCAGACGAAGGGAUGGAACCGGGCUCGGAAUUUCCCGAUCUGGAAAGUAAACUCUCUGCAGUACUAUCAGAUGUAGGCAAAAUUAUGGACAUGCGGAGCUGCCGUCUAGACUGGCUCCUAUUCAAGGAGGUGGGCAAGGAUCUGUCAAAUGCCAAAGACACCCUAGAGUUUGCAUGCGCGAUGUACGAUGCCGUGAGAGCUCACAAAAGCUUAUACGAAGUUGGCCGCAUCAUCCACAGGGAUGUCUCGGCUGGUAACAUCCUGAUCCUGCUAUCACCGUCGGAUGAGCCCCAUGGACUUCUGAUUGACUGGGAAAUGGGAAAGGACAUGGACGAGGAACCAAGAAAGGCACGAUCAAAUAUCAGUGGAACGAUGCUUUUCAUGUCCAUCACUCUGGAAUAUGUACCACUUCAUCAAGCUUGGCACGACCUCGAGUCGUUCUACUGGGUGUGGGUGUACAUGAUCAUUCACCACGUCUCCGGCCUCACGCUCAAGGGCAAACCGCUGAAUGCGAUCGGGAGAAAGGAGCGCCUGGACUUGAUCUUUGGGCUGACAACACUCGAAGGGCUUAGUCUAAUAAAACGUGCCACGCUCGCCCACUCAAUGGACAUCGAGGGGUGUCCGGAACUUGGGAGGGCCUUCAAUCUAACAGACACACUUCGGAAGAUCAAAGGCGGUCUAGGAAACAUUUUCCUUCUGGAUCACGCGAGUUUCUGCUCUUUCCUCAGGUUCACGAUCGAUGCACGCGAACGGGCGCUUUGGACUCCGAUCGAGAUAACGACGAAGGAACGUCCAGAUCGCCGUAACAGUAAGGCGCUUUCCAGUAGUGGAGGCAUAAGUGCAAGCAAGUCGAAAGGUUUCAGCGUUCAACUACGGGGCGACAAUCCGUUCAAUGCAGUGCCAAUACCAAAUGACAUCAAAAUAAAUCUUGAGACCACAACCAGCAGUACUGGGACGAGGCAAUCUUUCAAGAUCGAGGGUAUCGCUGAAGAGAUUCAGUCCGAGGUAGGCAACGAUGUAGGCGGAGACGAUUCCGUCGCCGGACGUGUGAAGAGGAAUAGACGACCCGCCCUAAAUCAAUGA